GAUCCCAAGGGUUAGUUUAGCUUAGAACGUCGCCGAGUGCACACCGUGCGCGCUCGACGGUCCGUCCUAGAGCUAGAGGUGGUGUGGUGGUAGUGGUGGUCACUUUGGGAAGCUAGCUAGCUUCCUUCCGGUCUGACCUCCGAGUUCCUCCCUCUUCCUCCCUUCUCCUUCUCCUUCUAUCUCCCCCUUUUUCUUCCCUUCUAUUUCCUUUUCACUUCCUCAUUCGUCCUUCGUACGGCGGAGUUGAUCCGUCUGCCCCGGGAGUAGUGUUCCGGGAAGUGUCCGCGGCCGCGGAUCGUUUUACAUAAUCGCGAGUGGGCGCUCCUCCCCUCCCUAAAGGGAAAGGAAGUGCGUGCGUGUGUGCGUGCAACUUCCGGUUACGCGGAGGAAGAAGAAGAACUUUAACGGACGCUAGGCGCCACCUUUGGAAGUGUGAAGUGUUGUAGGAGAAGAAAAGCGUUGAGCCUUUCGCGAGGUCUCCGCUGCUAUAUUGAAUGGAUUUCCAGUGGUGAACGAGUGACGGAGGAAAAAUCGGAUAAAAUGAGUAAAUUUUAUGCGAUUUUUAUGCUAAUCAUCCUGAUCGCAGUCGAGCCGGGUCAUUGCGUCAAGUGCUACAACUGUGAUUCGACCAGCAAUGAGGAGUGCACCAAGAUCAAGAAGAACUCCGGCAUCGUCCCCGAGACGUGCACUCCCAGCUUGAUGGCAUCGACUACCGGCAAUUGGCUCGCGGACCUGACCCGGAUUGAGUACUUUGGCGGAGCGGAGAUCACGGUGCCCAUGGUUUGCCAGAAAAUCGUGGCCACCAAUGAAAACGGCGACACCAUGACGUUCCGCGGCUGCCAGCUGGACGGAGGCAAAACGGACCCCUGCCAGAUCGCAUUCGGCAAGGCGAAGCUCCAGCGUGGCAUCGAAAUCGCCCACUGCUCGAUCUGCAAGGACGACGAGUGCAACGGCGCGGUCACGGUCCGGCCCGGCAGUCCCGCCAUGCUUCUGGCCACGGGCAUCGCCUCGGUGCUGGCCGUGGUCUACACUAGUAAAAUACUCUAUUAAGGUUGUGUACGCUUUCGGUAGUGAAGAAUUAUAGUUGCAGCAUUUCUAGCGAAAAAUUAGAUCGGUUUUUAUAUGACAUACAAUGAUAUUCACAACUUUAAGUGUGGCAAAAUAAAAAUAUUGAAAACAAAUGUAACACUAGCUUUAGACUAUACUUCUUAUCAACCAAACGCAAACGUUAAAUCAACUAAAAAUCGAGAAAUGUUCUUAAAUGAAUGUUCUUAGAAUUUCACUAUAGUAUAAAACUAAUCAAAAAUAAAUGCUUUUAAAAAUAAUAUAAAUCAUUACAUAAAAUCGUUGCGACAGAUUCAAUACACAAUAUGAAUAUAUAUAUCGAAGAUAAAUCGCAAAUACGUCCCCGUGAUUUAUUCUCAUAUUCGGUAACUAUAUUCACGCAUAUGCCUUCAACGUUAACCCGAUGGGAUAUGUAACAUUAUUUAGUUCAUAAGAGAUUCGUUCGGUACAUGUACUUUCAAUGAGCUAUGUUUCAAGUGUUGAAAACAUACACAAAUGAAAUAUCCUAACGUUAGGAAAACUUAAAACUAGUUAUAAGACAUCAUCAUCAAUAAAUGAGUACUCAAUCCCCUUAAUAUUUAAGAUAAUAAACCCAAAAAAAACAUAUAUUAUUCAACAUACCUAAUCUACUCAGACUCAGUGGACAAUAGUUAUCUCCAAGGCUAACUAUUGUCCAGCGACACAAUUCUGUCGGUAAGAGUCAUAUAUUUAACCACAAAAAAAAAACAAUUUUAAUAAAACGUAAAAUCAACACUACUAAUUUUUAACUAUGCACCUCAAUGAAAUGUGUUAACGCUAAUAGUGAAGUCAAACUAACAAACACAAAUCAAAACUAUCGUUAUCUCUAACCGUACUACUAAAAACCAGUUCAAUUUUUUAACGUAUCUGCACUUGAGCAACCAUCAAGCAAUAGUGUGAAAUCAUUUGUUUCUAUUAAAACUGCAACUUUUUCUUACCACAUUAAUAACUACUGCAGAUUGAAUGCAUACUUCUUAUCUCUGCAAUACAUAUAAUGUAACGUUUGACAAAUAAAAAAUAACGGUUAGUGAAUCUAGAACAGAAUGCGUAGCAAUUCAUGUAAAACGAAAGUCAAAAAUUUCCACUAUGGCAAAUCAUUAUGCUAUAAAAGUGAAAAAGAAGAUGAAGAGAUAUAACCAGUCAGGUCACCAAAGCUAAAGCAAAAAGAAAACCAACCCAAGAACAUUUUUUUUUGCUUUAAGUCCUAAGUAAAAUGCAAGGAAGUCUAAAAAAAUAUAUCGCUGUAAUUAAUAUCCGAAGGGAGUCCAGCCCUAGAAGAUAUUCCAAUAACAGGUAAAAAAAUCGACAAAAAAAAUUUAAAAAGGUGUACUGCAAAGUACGUUAGUGAACAUCAACUAACAACACAAAAAUAGUGCCCGCGAAAGCUAUGAAGAGAAUAAAUCCGCUCUUUUUUCAAAGGCACAACAAC